UGUCAUACUUAUAGACAGGUUGGACCGGUUAAGGAAUAGUUAGUAUGGCCAUCUUGGUGUUUGUGUAAGUCUUUCCGAAGCAGCUAGCUGUCACCCAAAAAGUAUGUUCAGACGGCGUUUGUAUUAUUGCCUUAAACGCGUACGCGAUUAAGAAUUCACAUAUGAAGACAUACAUGUAGGAUGGCAUCUACUCUACCCAAAAGGAACAGUGCAAAAAGGCCAACAAUGACACCGGGUGGUGACGGCGAGGACUCUGAGAAGUUGGAGAACAUUUUUCAAGAUCGAAAUUCUGAUGAAGAUCCGGAAAAGGGCUUCGAUUGCUGCCUCUGGGUCAAGAAACAGUGGGGCGUGGCCGCCUGUCUCCUAUCCGGCCUUUUCAAAGGUUUCGUGCCUGCGGCAUUUCGAUAUGUAGAAGACAGGGGAUACACGGAAUUCCAGCUGCACUUCUUCAACGAUCUGCUACUGGCUUCAGCCGGUCUGUGCGUCGCCGUUUACAACAAGACGAGCCUCAUCCCAACUGACUGCAAGCAAUUCCUCCGCUUGGUUUUCCAAGGAGUAGGUCGUUUCUUCGCCAUCCUUUGCCAGUUCUCUGCCUAUCGGUACCUUCCUCCUGCCAACGCCGAAAUCGUGAUGGGCCCCAGCGGAAUCGUCUUCACUGCGAUUCUUUCUCUCAUUUUUCUUCAAGAGAUACCCACCCAUGCUACCAUAUUUGGGAGCUUAUGGUGCAUAGCAGGUGUUGUACUAAUUGGUUAUAGCGGCAUGAUCAACGAGAUCCCCUCCACGACUGUCGACUCGGACAAUGUUGGUCUAGGAAUGACACUUUCCCUCGUCACAGCACUCUUAUUCGCUAUGUUGAGCGUUGACGUUAAAGGCCUCCUGGCAUCCGGCACCACGACAACGAUGGUUUUAUCAUACGCUUACAGUAUACCUACAGUGUUGGCAGGCUUAACGUCUAUCUUCAAGAGUAAAACGUGGCUGCUUGAGCCAACAGCUGCCGCAGUCUUGUGUGCAGGCCUUUUAGGUAAGUUCGGAGGAACCGUGCUACUAUACGCUGGCCUGAAGCUGGUUGAGGUCAAUGCUGCAACUGCCUUGGGGCAAGUCAACGCGUUUUCGGGCUUCGGGCUGCAGUGGGCGAUCAUCGGUUUUGUUCCGACUAUGUUUGAUGGUUUUGGUCUGACGUGUAUAUUCAUAGGAACGGUUUCUAUUGUUAUAUGGGAGGCGCUAGUCCGUCGGAAGAAAGAGAAACACGUCAGAAUCAUGGAACAAUUCAAGUUCACUCUCACACAUCCGGACAAUGACUCGUAGACUAAAGAGUGUGCCAACUGUGUGUUGACUAUGUGAAAUUAUUUAGCAUGAUAUAUACAAUUGUACGUUGUACAAUGGUUUUGGUCUAACGUGCAUAUUCGUAGGAACAUUUUCAUUUGUUAUAUGGGAGGGGCUAGUCCGUCACAAAUAAGAGUGACUUGUGACUUUUAUUACGCAACAAUGUACAAGGUACAAAGUAUGGCAGAAAUGAGAGA